AAACAAAGAGUGUUCCUAGAGGCCAGAAAGCAUGUUCUGGGAGAUGAUGGGCGUCCCACCCAGCUGCCUGAGGACCAAACUGGGAUUUUAAUACAGCUGAAGGUAAGGGACACCUACGCCUUUAUCGCCAGACGCUUCUAGCGGGUCUCCGAGGGGCUAUAUGACGCCCUACUAAUUUGGCUCAGGUAAAACAGGUAUUACAAGAAGCAGGGGAAACUCCCUCCGCCUUUCUAGAGAGACUUAAGGAGGCCUACCGUAUGUACACUCCCUAUGACCCAGAUGACCCAGGACAAAUGACGAGUGUCUCUAUGUCCUUCAUCUGGCAGGCUGCUCCAGAUAUCAGGACUAAGUUACAGAGGUUAGAAAAUUUGCAGGGCUAUACAUUACAGGAUUUACUUAAAGAAGCUAAAAAGAUUUUUAAUAAGAAACUAAGAAUUGAGUCGAAUCUUGGCCGCCGUAGUUCAGGGCCAAAAAGGAAGGGAGAUAGCGGGGGAGCUCGAAAGGGGCUGAAGCUGGAUAAAGAUCAAUGUGCCUAUUACAAAGAGAAAGGGCACUGGGCCAGAGAGUGCCCCAAGAAGCCUGGCGGACCCCGAAAGCCUCGACCACGAACCUCCCUCUUGGCUCUAGAUAAAGAUUAGGGAGGUCAGGGCCAGGAGCCCCCCCCCCCCGAGCCCAGGGUAACGCUUAAGUUGGGGGGCAGCCGGUUACUUUCCUGGUAGACACAGGAGCCCAGCAUUCAGCCCUCACCCAAGCUUCAGGACAACUCAGCGACCGGACGGCCUGGGUACAAGGAGCUACUGGUGAGAAACAAUACCGAUGGACUACGGACCGCCGGGUUCAGCUGGCUACGGGUAAGGUGACCCAUUCCUUCUUACAUGUUCCAGACUGCCUGUACCCUCUGCUGGGCCGUGACCUGCUCACCAAACUAAAAGCACAAAUUCAUUUUGAGGAAGGAGGGACCCAAAUAACUGGCCCCCACGGAACUCCCCUUCAAGUUCUAACCCUAUGAACCGGGACAGGACACUGGCUUGGACAGAGACUGGUGGGAUGGGGUUGGCGCUCCAACAGCCCCCCUUAAUUACAACUCCAGUCUCCAUAAAACAAUACCCCCUGUCACAUGAAGCUUAUCAAGGUAUAAGGCCUCACAUUAUGAGGCUUCUGGAUCAAGGCAUCCUAGUCCCCUGCCGGUCGCCUUAGAAUACGCCUCUUUUGCCUGUUAAGAAACCCGGCACUGGAGAUUAUAGGCCAGUACAAGACUUGAGAAAGGUCAACAAGAGGAUAGAAGAUAUUCAUCUGACUGUUCCAAACCCUUACAAUUUGCUCAGUAACUGUUCAUUGAUGAGAAACGGGUAUGCUAAAGGGGUCCUAACACAAAGGUUGGGACCCUGAAAACGCCCUGUGGCCUACCUGUCUAAGAAAUUGGACCCUGUGGCCUCCGGCUGGCCACCGUGCCUAAGGAUGGUGGCUGCUAUUGUUGUCCUGAUCAAGGAUGCUGGAAAAUUGACUUUGGGACAGCCACUCACCAUCCUAACACCCCACGCAGUGGAGGCCUUGGUAAAACAGCCCCCAGACCGCUGGCUCUCUAAUUCCCACAUGACCCACUACCAAGCCUUGUUACUGGAUGCAGAACGGGUUCAGUUUGGGCCCGUAGUCGCCCUCAAUCCUGCCACCUUGCUUCCUCUACCAGAGGAGACAGAACAGCAUGACUGACUACAAAUCCUCGCAGAAGUACAUAGAACCAGGCCGGACCUAUCGGACCAGCCUCUUCAGAAUGCUGACCACACAUGGUACACAGAUGGCAGCAGCUUCUUGGCAGAGGGAGAACAAAAGGCUGGAGCUGCGGUCACUACGGAGGACAAAGUGAUUUGGGCGAAAGCCCUGCCUGCUGGUACCUCCGCACAACGGGCUGAACUCAUCGCCUUGACUCAGGCGCUCAAGAUGGCAAAAGGUAAGAGGCUAAAUAUAUAUACAGACAGCCGUUAUGCCUUUGCCACGGCACACAUCCACGGGGAGAUCUACCGGAGGCGGGGGCUGCUCACAUCUGAGGGUAAAGAUAUGGCUAAAAUUCUGGCCCUCUUAGAAGCCCUAUUCUUGCCCAAAAGACUGAGUAUUAUACAUUGUCCAGGACACCAGAAAGGACACAACCCAGAGGCACGAGGAAACCGGCUGGCCGAUGCCACGGCUCGAGAAGCGGCCAUGAGCAAACAAAUCUUGCCCUUAAAUAGCCCAGACCAACCCACGCCCCCACCAGUGGGACAAACUAGUUGGGUUUAUGCCCAUGAGGACAUAGAGCUCCUAAAAAUGGGGGCCAUCUACCACCCUCAACUAAAACAGUGGGUCUACAAAGGAAAGACAGUUAUGCCAAUAAAAAUGACUUUUAAAUUGAUCUCCUUUUUACAUAAAUUAACCCAUUUGGGGUUUAAGAAGAUGACCAGACAGAAAUUUCUUGAAGAGAUAAAUCUGUGUUUUUUUUUGAAUUGGGACAAAGCGAUACAAAAGGUGACUGAGAGUUACAAAGCGUGCGCUCAGGUUAACCCGGGAAGGACCAGGAUUGGACAAGGAGUUCGUCCUAGGGGACACCGUCCCGACAUCCAUUGGGAAAUUGAUUUUACUGAAAUUAAACCAGGUAUAUAUGGAUACAAGUAUCUCCUAGUGUUUGUAGACACCUUCUCAAGAUGGGUCGAAGCCUUCCCCACAAAGCACGAGACUACAAAAAUGGUCACCAAGAAGCUCCUCGAGGAAAUCUUUCCCAGCCCUUCUCUGAGGGCCCAUUUACAGGCCCUACAGAUUGUACAGAGAGACGUCUGGAGACCUUUGGCCGCUGCUUACCAGGACAAGCUUGAACAUCCGGUGGUGCCACACCCGUUCCAGAUUAGAGACACCGUGUGGGUGCACAGACACCAGACCAAGAAUCUCGAGCCACGGUGAAAAGGACCCUACACCGUCCUCCUGACUACCCCGACCGCCCUAAAGGUAGACGGAGUCUCGGCUUAGAUCCACACACCACACAUCAAGACAGUCCGGUCUGAGGAAUUGACUAAUCACAACACUACACCCCAGACAUAGAGAGUUCAGCACACUCCAAACCCCUUAAAGUUAAAACUCCUACGUGGCUCCUCCUAGCCCUUUUGUGGCCUAGAGUCAGUGGGGAAAUAAGCCCCCACCAGACAGAAAUUUCUUGACCAAGUCGAGUGAAAGAUUUCACUCAAAGUUAGCAAAAAAAAAAAAAAAAAAAAUGGGGGAAUGAAAGACCCCAGCUUAACAGCAGUAACGCCAUUUUGCAAGGCUGUACUUAAGAUGACUGGUUCAGGGAAAGGUUAGAACACUGAGUACACAGCGGCUGCCAAGCAGGAUGUGUUUGGUUGAAGGCCUGGCAACAGGACGACUUCGGUUGAGCACCUGAUAAUAAAAAAAAAAGCCCCGGGAGAGGUCCCACACCCUGGUGGGGGGCCGAGUCAGUCGUUAUGUUCCAAGAAGGUAGCUAAGAAACUUGCCCCCGGGCUGAACCCUUGGGGGGGCCGAGUCAGUCGUUAUGUUUCAGGAAGGUAGCUAGGAAACUUGCCCCCGGGCUAAACCCUUGCCAUAUUAGAAUCCACCAAUUAUAUCCCUGUAACCAUGCAUCUGCUUCUGUAUGCUUGCUUCUGCUCCCCAAAAUCCUAUAAAAGCCCAUCCUUGGUUCCGUGGGGCGCGCCAGUCCCCCGAGUGACUGAAGCGCCCGCAGGUGCCUGUGCCUGUGUAUCCCGACAAUAAACCAAAUCCUCUUGCUGAUUGCA